UAAAUACGGUUAUAGGCACAGUAGAAAGACGCCAGUGUCAGCAUUUCUGAUUACCACAUUCACUUUCGUGACGAAAAGAGCUUAAUAAAUUUUCACUUAAAUUUAAAGCCUAAGAAAAAGGAAAAUUUUGCCAAAAAUUUAUUUGUGAAUACAUCAUUUAUUUAGCUAGUACAAAGUAUUCAGUGAUUCCGCAAUCCUCGCCCCUCUCGUUAAAAGCUUUAACCGAACCCGUUUUGCGGAAAAUCGAAGAAACCUACCAGAACGUCGGCGAAAAGAAGCACGGGGGUGAUCCAAGUGUUGUAAUGCUGUUCGAAGUGAUAGCUGGAAUAUUUGACCCAAAGUUCAUGAACUAAGCCAAGAAGCGACGACAUAAACGUUAAAUAGAAGCUAAUAUCUAUUGGUUCAGUGAAUUUGUGACCACAAAAAUCGAUCUGUUAUCGAUGCAGUUAACGGUGAAAGGGAAACAUUACCAAAAAACACAACCUUUUAACAAACUUUAGCGUUUUUGGUGUGUUUUUGUAUUGGUUUUAAAAAUGUUGCGUGAAAAUCUUCGAUUGAAUGUGCGGCAAAGUGUAAAUUGAUUUAUGUGUAUAUUAAUAAAUUGUUAUAACAUAUUCAUUCACCUAUGUAUAUAAACAUUUGUGUUGGUUAGAUGUUCAUAUACAAUAAACAGUUAGGAAACUGUGUUAAAUAUAUGAAAGAAGAAUCAGUAAAAUUGACAUUGACUUGGGAAGGAAAAGCGUGCGAAUGACAUUUCUGCUGGUCGGCGAAAAUACCAGGGAGAGCCCGCAAAUAUUUGUUUGCCAAAGAGCGCAAGUGUUUACAAACCAACAGUGAGAGAAGUAUUCCUGCAUUUGUAUGUAAAUAAUAAUAAUAAAAACGUGAACAACCCCAAAAAGUUAGAAUAUCCUUUAGUAGAAAACGUGCAUUCUCAAAGUUACAACCCAGUCGUCGGAGUUAAGCUGCGGCAAAGAGUCGAAACAAAUCUGAAACUCUAAGAAACGCCAAUAUUUUGCAAAACAAAAUUUUUUGACAAAUUGUUAAGCUGUUCAAAGCGAAAACAGCUGUGAAGUUGAUCACCAAAGAAUUGCAGUGCAAAGCAUCAGCCACCAGCUUAUCGGCGCAUAUUAGUCAAUUCCAACGAGCUCGUCAAAUAUACUUUUGCAAUUUAUUUUGCUUCUUUGUAGAAUAAAUCCGAUUUUCAACAAUGAACCCGACGCAGCAAGAUUGCCGGUGUAUUUGACACACGCCAAAUAGAUGUGGUAACAAAAAAAAAAAAUAAUAAUAACAAAAGCAACGUAGUGAAAAAGACGCAGUUGAAUUGCAAAAGUCAAUACAAAUAAAAAUAAAAAUAAAUCUUACACACUUAUUAGAUAAACAACACUGCUGCGAGACAGUCGCGAAGAAAACAUUUGAAUUCGUUUUAUUUUGUUUUUUAUUUUGUUCUCGGUUUUUUUUUCUAAAGCAAAAUAAUGAAAAAAUAAUCAUACAAAAGUUAUAAAAAAAAAAAUGAAAUUAUGCAAAAAAAUUUAAUGUAAAAUACUUUGAGCCAUUUUCGGUGAACUUUACGAGUAUAUAUUUUUAAUUGGUCAAUACGCUCAACCUAGGGAAAUCUACCUGCCGCAUGUGGAUUCUAUCGGUGCUUGUGAUUCUGCCAAAGACGUUGUUGGAGCGGACGACGCCGCACUGCAAUAGUGCAACCAAAUUCAAAGCGAAGCUCGUCAGACACCAAUUGUCAGCAGAAACAACAUUCGCAGCCGCCUUAGCGCCCAGCAGCAGCAGCAGAAACAAAAAGAACAACAAAAACAGUUGUAUCAGCAGUGUACCAGAAACAACUGUAGCCUUUAACCCAAAGCAAUAUUCUAGCCAAUUAAUAGUCGAGUGUGUGCCCAUCGCAUUUUUAGUAUCCACAUCGUUGUCGCCAUCGACGGUUUCUUCGUUAUUCAUCGACAUUGUAUUUAUUUUCAUUGCAUCGCUUAUUAAUUUACGCGUCCAACAUUUCCUCCACAACGCGAUUAAAUCGAAGUUAGUAUUCUUGAUGAAUGACUUUCGCAUAAAAUCACUUUAUAAGCCAACAACAACAACAGCAACAGUAGCAACUGACAGUGGAACAGAAUUAACUGUAAUAUUAUCAAAAAUAUUAAAAGCUAUUAGAACAGUGUUAGAAAGCAAUAAUAAUAACAACAAUAGCAGCAACAGCAAUAAUAUAAUAAAAUCUAUAAUUGAGACAACCACAGUAGCGUUAACCAAUCCAGCACCACGCAUCAGUGAAGCUAUCCCUGAAGCCCCCCUAGAUUCAUUAAUACCAUCAGUAAAUAACCAAAACAACAUCACGGUGGCCGCCUUUGUACAAUUACGGCUUUUUAAUAAUAACUCCUUCUCGUCGAACAAUCAUCGUACUUACAAUAACGGCAGUAAAUCGAAUAAAGUAUUUCUACACUACACACCACGUGAUCCGCGUUUAAGAAACGCCAGUGAAAAUCAAGACAUUUUGAUCAAUAAACACCAGUUCGAUAGUGUUAGUGAAUUGAAAAUAACUGAAGAUUUAUGCGCUUAUGGCGAAGUUAUCGGAGGUACCUCCGCAAUAAUAAUACAAAUUAUUAGUGCUAAUUUACCAAUAUACUGUGAUUGUAAUAAAAUUAUUAAUUGUUGUAAACGUAGUAAUAUUAAUAAAACUAAUAAUAGUAAAUUUGGAAGUGAAAGUGUGAGUGCGAGUGCGAGUAACAACUUAAACAUUGGUGAUCAUUCACGUAGUAAAACUAUUUCGGCUGUCAACUCUCACAAACUAAUAUAUAACAAAAUACAAAAGCAAACACACAACCCGGCCGCAGAGUCACCCGAAAAAAAUAAGUUCUUGAGGAACUCGCGGCUUGGGCUCCAAAAAUUUAACUCAUUGAAGUGCACAGUUGGUAUUCUGCUUUGAGUGUAAAGUCGAGCAUACCGUGCAAGCACGCACGUGAACGCUAUAUUUUUCGCCACAGCCGCUGUUACAGUGAGUUUCGUGGCGUGACAUUUAAACCGGAGUUAAAACUCUCACCAACAUACCGUUAUAAAAAGAACUUUAAAUAGCUAGUUGUUUGUCGUGACUUGAAA